CCCGCAUCAAUGCACGACGCAGAAUCUUCCCUUCUUCGCGCUUCAGCUCCCAUAAAAAAAGUUUUUUUUUUAAAAAUCGAACUACAAAAACCCUUUUUUUUCUCUCUUCGUAAAAAGGUGCCGUAUAAAUUGAACUGACUUCCCUACGACCCUUUACGUUUGUGGUUUGUGGUUGACCUCUCGAGCUCGGGCUCUAAAGCUCCAAUGGCAGUGGCUUCUUCUUCUUCUACAAUUCAUCUGAAUAAGUCCCUACUACCGAAACAUCCACGCUUUUUUCGUUCUUCACAGUUUCGUCCACUCCGAUUCUCCUCUUCUUCGUCCUCUGUUCCCCUCUGUUUACGUUCUACUGUCGCGCGAGUGGCCGUUGCUGUCGAACCGGCAUUGAUCACACCCAAAACUCAAACUCUGGAAACUGAUAUCUUUGCAUGUCCUGUAUGCUAUGAACCACUUGUGAGGAAAGGACCUCCAGGUAUUAACCUGCAAGCAAUCUACAGGUCCGGAUUCAAGUGCAGGGAGUGCGAGAAGACGUACUCGAGCAAAGAUGGGUAUUUGGAUCUUACAGUGACUGCUGAUUCGGGCAACUUUGAUGAGGUCAAACCGAUCACAACAGAGCUCUUUCGGAGUCCACUGGUCUCGUUUUUAUACGAAAGGGGAUGGCGUCAAAAUUUUAAUCGAAGUGGAUUUCCUGGUCCGGAUGAAGAGUUUAGAAUGGCUCAGGAAUACUUCAGAUCUGCUGAAGGCGGCCUCUUGGUAGAUGUUAGUUGUGGAAGUGGUUUGUUUUCCCGGAAAUUCGCAAAAUCUGGAAAAUACUCGGCCGUGGUCGCACUUGAUUUUUCUGAAAACAUGCUUCGUCAGUGUAACGAUUUCAUCAAACAGGAUAAUACUCUCAGCUCGACAAAUCUUGCUCUCGUAAGAGCGGAUGUGUCGAGGCUUCCCUUUCCAUCCGGUUCUGUUGACGCAGUUCAUGCCGGUGCUGCUUUGCACUGCUGGCCAUCUCCUACCAAUGCUAUUGCUGAAAUCAGCCGUGUUCUAAGAAGCGGCGGCGUCUUUGUCGGGACAACCUUUCUCAGAUACAAUGCUUCCACGCCAUGGUUCAUUCGGCCCUUCAGAGAGAGAAUUCUCCAAAACUACAACUACCUAUUGCGGGACGAGAUCAAAGAUGUGUGCACUUCUUGCGGUCUCACCAACUACAGCGACGACGUCCGUAGCUCGUUCAUCAUGUUCGCCGCUCAGAAGCCUUAGGCCCGGGCUCUUUGGCCGAGCCUUGUGUUAAAUCACUCUAUAUGAUCAUAAACGCAAAUACACAUUGCGGCAUUUCCCCCAUGAACACUCUGGUGAUGUACUCAGUAACUCUAUGAAUGAAUGAAUGGGUGAAGACCAAAUCCAAUCACUUUUUGCACUAUCUUGUGUAGUUACUGAAGUGAAACUGUUAUUGGUGUUUGUCUUUUGAUUUUAUUGCAUAAAUUUUAUGCUUAUAUACAA